AGUCCUUAAUUCCUCUGUACAUAAGGAGCUAGUAAGUUGUGUGGGCUGGACCUCUGCUGAUGAGUUGUAUUCUUGCGGUGAUGACCACCAGAUUCUGAAAUGGAACUUAUUAAAUGGCGAGACAACCUUGGUGGUGAAACUCCCGGAUGACAUAUAUCCAAUUGACCUUCACUGGUUCCCCAAGAAUAUUGGCAACAAGAAGCAAGCACAAGCCGAGAUGUUUGUGCUCACCAGUUCUGAUGGAAAAUUCCAUUUAAUUUCUAAGUCUGGAAGAGUAGAGAAGAGCGUGGAGGCCCAUCCUGGAGCAGUGCUUGCUGGACGUUGGAAUUAUGAAGGAACGGCACUGCUUACAGCUGGUGAAGAUGGCCAUAUAAAAAUUUGGUCUAAAAGUGGUAUGCUGAGAUCCAUAUUAUCACAGAAUGGUUCACCAGUUUACUCAGUAGCUUGGAGCCCUGAUUCUGAGAAAGUGCUCUUCCCAGUAGGAAAGGAACUCAUAAUCAAACCACUGCAGCCAAAUUCUAAAGUUAUCCAGUGGAAAGCCCACGAUGGAGUCAUUUUAAACGUUGACUGGAACUCAGUAAAUGAUCUCAUCCUAUCAGCUGGUGAGGACUGUAAAUAUAAGGUAUGGGACAGUUAUGGACGUCUCCGAUACAGCUCAGCUCCCCAUGAGUAUCCGAUAACUGCUAUUUCCUGGGCGCCAGACGGAGAACUCUUCGCUGUGGGAUCCUUUCAUACGUUACGUCUGUGCGAUAAAACUGGGUGGUCGUAUUCACUGGAAAAGCCAAGUACGGGCAGCAUCUUUAACAUCGCCUGGUCCGCGGAUGGCACUCAGUUGGCUGGCGCCUGUGGAAACGGCCAGGUCAUCUUUGCACACGUUGUGGAACAGCACUGGGAAUGGAAUAAUUUUGAAGUGACCCUGAUAAAACGACGAGCAAUGCAGGUACGCAACGUAAUUAACGACGCCGUAGAUUUACUGGAGUUCCGUGACCGAGUAAUUAAAGCUUCUUUGAACUACGGACAUUUAGUCGUUUCCACCUCACUACAAUGUUACGUGUUUAGUACAAAGAACUGGAAUACACCUUUGAUUUUUGACCUCAAAGACUCAGCUGUUACCUUAAUUCUACAAUGUGAAAGGCAUUUCCUUCUGGUGGAUGGGGGAAGUUUGUAUUUAUACUCUUAUGAAGGUCGUCUCAUCUGCACACCAAAGCUUCCAGGAAUGAGGGCAGAUAAUCUCAAUGCACAGACUGUGUCUUUGAGCAAUGAUACCAUUGCCAUUAAAGACCGAGCUGACGAAAAGUUUAUCUACUUGUUUGAUGCAUUAUCAGGAAAAGCACUGGGAGACGGGAAACCUCUCACACAUAAGAUUGAAAUAGUCGAAAUCGCACUAGACUACGGUGGACCUGCUAAUGAACGGAAAGUUGCAUUUGUUGACAAAAACAGAGAUCUGUAUAUCUCUCCUAUAAGAAAAUUUGGGAAAGAACAGAGUGCAAUAAAAAUUGGUACCAUGGUGCACACUGUAGCCUGGAAUGAUGUGUCUAACAUGCUCUGUGGACUUCAGGAUAAUCGUUUCACCGUUUGGUACUAUCCAAAUGUAGCAUUUGUGGACAAAGAUCUCUUACCAAAAACAAUAUUUGAAAAAGAUGGAAGUGAGUACAGCAAAACUCCCCAUAUUGUGAGUUUUAUUGGUAACAGGGUAACAAUCAGAAGAAGUGAUGGCUCGCUUGUACACAUCACUAUCCCCCCCUACCCAUCAAUUCUUCAUGACUAUGUCAAUUCUUCCAAGUGGGAUGAUGCACUAAGGCUAUGUCGUUUUGUCAAGGAGCAGAGUAUGUGGUCUUGUCUCGCUGCCAUGGCUAUUGCAGCUAAGGAGAUGACAACAGCAGAAGUAGCAUACGCAGCAAUUGGCGAGAUUGAUAAAGUUCAGUACAUAAAUUCAAUCAACGAGAAGCCGUCGAAAGAGUCGAGGUUGGCUCACAUCCAGCUGUUCAGUGGGAACUUCCAAGAUGCUGAAGCCAUUCUCCUACAGGCCGGUCUCGUAUACCAAGCCAUACAGCUCAACAUUGACUCCUUCAACUGGGAGAGAGCACUGGAGUUAGCCGUGAAACACAAGACGCAUGUCGAUACUGUUUUGGCUUAUCGACAGAAGUAUCUGAACGACUUUAGCAAGAAAGAAGGCAACGAGCGUUUCCUGCAAUAUGCGGAAGGCGUUGAGGUAGACUGGGAGAAAAUCAACGCCAAAAUUGAGAUGGAGCUUGCUAAAGAGAGACAGAGGGAAACAUCCGGAACCUCCGUCAGGACUAGCAUCUCAUCGCGUUCCUAACCAUCUUAUCCCAGACACGCAAAUGGCCAAGUACCUGCUACUAUCAACCUGACAAAAGAA